UGCCGGAGCGCCGAGGCGAGCGCGCCGGGCCGGGGCCGGCUGGAGAGCGGGACUGGAACCCGGGCGCCCUGAAGUUUGGGAAGGAAGGAAGAGAAAGCGAAGGAGGCGCUCGGCGCUCGCAGUCCGCGGCCGGCCGCCUCCCGGCUCCCCCGCAGGCGAGCUUCCUUAAUUGCGCGCCUGGCCCGGGGACUUCCUGGGCCGCUACGACAGCGGGAGGAGACCGCUCUGCGACCCGCCGGAGGGCAGACCCGCCAGGACCUGGGGGCUGACUUUACGGGCAGAAGGCAGUUCGCGCCCGUGUUCACGAGAACUGAGCGCCAGUUCACCCCAGGAGCUCCGGAGGCAGGACAGACGCGGGCCCCGCCGGGGUGGGCGGGAAGAGGGAGGCCCCGACUUCCAGAAAGCCGUCUCUCACCUUCUGCCCGAGCCUUCGGCAAGCCCGCCCAGUCGCUCUGGCCCGCGCCGCCCCGCUUCCAGGUGUUCCCACGGCCCGCGCCUCCCCGCCCCGGGCCCUCCCCCGGCUGCGGGCAGGUUCAAUCCCCAGAGCCGGCCCCACGCCCGCAUCCUCCUCCCACUCCGUCCAGGGCUGCCGCCGCUAAAACCCGAGGCCCCGCGGUGGAACUGCCUUCUCCUCUCGGGUCCGGGGCGGGCUCUGAACGCUCCUGCAAAGACCCAAGGUGUUAAGUCUCCAGAGGAGCCCUGAGCCGGGGGUGGGGGGACGCGAUCCGGGGCCCGGCGGGGUCAUGGAGCCCCAGGGGACGCUAAGUUCGGAGAAGCAGGGACCCGCGCUCUUUGGAGAGCCCCCGCCAGCCGAGGGGCUGCCCGCCCCAGGGGUCCUCCGCAUGGAGAGUGGCGGGGACGGCGGCGGCACAUCGGAGGCCCCGAGCCCCGACGCUGAGCCCUUGCCAGCGGAGGAAGAGGCUGCCCCCCGGGAGCAGGAGGAGGCGUGGGAGUGCCGCCGCCGCCUCCCGCGUUCCUUCUCCCUGCCCGCGGACCCGAUCUUGGAGGCCGCCAAGUUGCUGCAGCAGCGACAGCAGUUUGGCCUGGGGCUGGGCCCAGAGGGCGGCGAAGGGGCCGAGGGCGCGCCGCACAGCCCCGGCGGCUGCUGCGCCAAGUGCAAGAAGCGGGUGCAGUUCGCGGACGCGCUGGGGCUGAGCCUGGCCAGCGUGAAGCACUUCAGCGAGGCCGAGGAGCCGCAGGUGCCUCCCGCCGUGCUCUCCCGCCUCCGCAGCUUCCCCCUGCGCGCCCAAGACCUAGAGCAGCUCCCCGGCCUCCUGGCCGCGGCGGCAGCGGCCGCGCCCCUCUCCGCGCCACCUCCCCGGCUUCGGCCUCUUUUCGAGCUUCCCGGGCCGAGCGCCGCCGCCGAGCGACUGCGGCGGCAGCGCGUGUGCUUGGAGCGCGUGCAGUGCUCGGCGCCCUCGGGCGCAGAGGUCACGGGCUCCGGCCGGGUGCUGGGCUGCCCCGGGCCGAGAGCCGUGGCGGUGCGCUACACCUUCACCGAGUGGCGCUCCUUCCUGGACGUGGCGGCCGAGCUGCAGCCCGAGCCGGCGGAGCCACAGCCGCCAGAGGCGUCGUCUGGGGGGCCCGGGGACGCCGAGGAGGAGCCGGGCGCCGAGCGCUUCCACUUCUCGCUGUACCUGCCGCCGGGUCUGCAGCCCCAGGAGGGGGAAGACGCGGACGCGCCCGGCGCCGCGGUGCACUUCGCCGUCUGCUACCGCUGCGCCAAGGGCGAGUACUGGGACAACAACGCGGGGGCCAACUACACGCUGCGCUACGUGCGCCCUUCCGACGCGCUCUGAGCCCGAGGCCCGGCCCCAGGCCCCGCGCCGCCGCACAGCUGCCAGGUGACCUGCGGGGACGUCUUCCUGAGCACCGUCCACCGGAGAAGGAAAGCUGUAAACUCGCACCAGGACGGAUCCUUUGAGCAAGCAUCGUGAGCCCGGGCAAAGCACCGAACCUGCCCGGCCCGUUUUCUCCUCGCUUAGGCCUCCCUAGGCUGCCUCUAGAAUUCUCGCCCUGCGCCAGAAUGCGAAGAAAUUCUUGACUCCGAGCCGUAGCUGCCUUCAAGAAAAAGGUCCUGACCCCUGUGCACAGCUGUAAGACCUUGGGAUUUGUUUUCAACUAUAGACAUCGUGUUUUAGCCUUUGCAGCUUGCUGCAGACGCCUCGGGUCUCAGGGAAAGGAAAGGCAUCCCGCCACAUCGUGCGGAGAGAAGGCGCCGGACCGUGGGUGUGCGCCCGGGCCUUCACACAGCGGCCCGUUUCUCGAUGAAAACCGGUGGGGCCUUGGAUGAGCUGUCCUUUUCUCUUAACUGGGAUCUGGGAGAUAUUUGCACAGACUGGACGUUAUUUACUUGGCCCUUUGUGUACACACGUCUUUUAAAAAAUAAAGGCCACUUGCACACCCUUUCA